GUUCGCUCCGAUGUCGAAAGCAUACUCGAAACAACUCGAUCGCCACCUCCACGAGUCCCACGGCACGGCAAAGGCAACAAAAAGAGAGUUCUUCAGCCUCUUUUGGCCCGCUUGGAGCUCUACAAUGACUCCGGAUCUCAUCAAGAAGAGUUUUCAAGUUACUGGGGUGUGGCCGAUGGAUGCUCAGGUCAUCCUAAAACGCUUCAACAAACACCCACAACAACAAGAUGAGACUCUAGAAAUUGGCUGGCGUGAGCUGCGAAAAGUUUUCGACGCUGUGGUUGGGGAUAAGUCAAAAGUUGAAGCCUAGCGGCUUAAGGCUUUAUUUUGGUCUCUACAGGUUCAAAACAAGCUUCUCCACCACGAGAACGAGUAUCUUAAUCGCUCGCUCAACACCAAAACAAACGCCAAGAAGAAGAGCAAGACACUGGACCUUCAACAGCGCGAGGAGUAUCACGGCGGGGCAGUAUUCUGGUCCCCAAGAAAGCUCCGCGAAGCCAGGUAUCGCGAGAGCGUACGAGAAGAGCAAAAGAAGUAGGAACAACU